GGGAAGUUUUGAAAAAGAAAAUUGGAUUGACUGCUCUCAGAGCUACUCUGUAAUCAUGGGGCUCGGAAAAGGGAAAGAUGAUUACAAGCCGGCUGCAACGUCGGAACCCAGUGAUAAAAAAAGCAAGAAAGAGAAACAGAAGAAGGAUAUGGACGAGCUGAAAAAAGAAGUGGAUCUUGAUGAUCACAAACUGACAUUGGAUGAACUUCACAGAAAAUAUGGCACGGACCUAUCAAGGGGUCUUUCUUCCACCAGAGCAAAAGAGAUUCUAGCCCGAGAUGGUCCAAAUGCCCUGACACCUCCUCCAACCACACCUGAAUGGGUGAAGUUCUGCAAGCAGCUAUUUGGUGGUUUCUCCAUGCUGCUAUGGAUUGGUGCGAUCCUCUGCUUCCUUGCUUAUGGUAUUCAGGCCGCUUCAGAAGACGAACCAGCAAACGAUAACUUGUAUUUGGGUAUUGUCCUGUCUGCUGUCGUCAUCAUCACUGGUUGCUUCUCCUACUACCAAGAAGCCAAGAGCUCCAAGAUCAUGGAGUCCUUUAAGAAUCUGGUCCCACAGCAAGCCCUGGUGGUACGUGACGGGGAGAAGAAGAGCAUCAAUGCAGAGGAGGUGGUGGCCGGUGAUUUGGUAGAGGUGAAAGGUGGAGACAGGAUUCCUGCUGAUCUCAGGAUCAUCUCUUCUCAUGGCUGCAAGGUGGACAACUCCUCCCUCACUGGUGAAUCAGAGCCCCAGACCCGUUCCCCAGACUUCACCAACGACAACCCACUGGAGACCAGGAACAUUGCUUUCUUCUCCACCAACUGUAUUGAAGGAACUGCCAGAGGAAUUGUCAUUAACACCGGAGACCGUACUGUAAUGGGUCGUAUUGCCACCUUAGCUUCCAGUCUGGAUGGUGGAAAAACUCCCAUUGCCAAAGAGAUCGAGCACUUCAUUCACAUCAUCACUGGCGUGGCCGUCUUUCUGGGUGUUUCUUUCUUCAUCCUCUCCCUCAUCCUUGGUUAUGGAUGGCUGGAGGCUGUCAUCUUUCUCAUUGGUAUCAUUGUAGCUAAUGUGCCAGAAGGUCUCCUGGCUACUGUCACUGUGUGUCUGACGCUGACUGCCAAGCGUAUGGCCAAGAAGAACUGCCUGGUGAAGAACCUGGAAGCCGUCGAGACCCUGGGCUCCACCUCCACCAUCUGCUCGGACAAGACCGGCACCCUCACCCAGAACAGGAUGACCGUGGCCCACAUGUGGUUCGACAACCAGAUCCAUGAAGCCGACACCACAGAGAACCAGAGCGGCACCUCCUUUGACAGGAGCUCCUCCACCUGGGCGGCUCUGGCCAGAAUCGCUGGACUCUGUAACAGAGCCGUCUUCCUGGCUGAGCAGAACAACGUUCCUAUUCUGAAGAGAGAUGUGGCCGGUGACGCCUCAGAAGCUGCCUUGCUCAAGUGUAUUGAGCUCUGCUGUGGCUCCGUUAAGGACAUGAGAGAAAAGUACCCCAAGGUUGCUGAGAUUCCAUUUAAUUCCACCAACAAAUACCAGCUGUCCAUCCACAAGAACGCUACUCCUGGAGAAACCAAGCAUCUGCUGGUGAUGAAGGGAGCCCCAGAGAGGAUUCUGGAUCGAUGCUCCACCAUCGUGUUGCAAGGCAAAGAGCAGCCUCUGGACGAUGAGAUGAAAGAUUCUUUCCAGAAUGCGUAUGUGGAGCUGGGAGGACUUGGAGAGAGAGUUCUUGGUUUCUGUCAUUUCCACCUGCCUGACGACCAGUUUCCUGAGGGCUUUGCUUUUGACACUGACGAAGUGAACUUCCCCACUGAAAACCUGUGUUUCAUCGGCCUCAUGGCCAUGAUCGACCCUCCCCGUGCUGCUGUGCCUGACGCUGUAGGCAAAUGCAGGAGCGCAGGGAUCAAGGUGAUCAUGGUGACUGGUGACCAUCCCAUCACUGCCAAGGCCAUUGCUAAAGGCGUAGGCAUCAUCUCUGAAGGCAACGAGACUGUUGAGGACAUUGCUGCCCGCCUGAAUGUCCCUAUUUCAGAAGUCAACCCCAGGGAUGCCAAAGCUUGCGUCGUUCAUGGUGGUGAGCUCAAAGACUUGACAUCAGACCAGCUUGACGAGAUCCUGAAGCACCAUACAGAAAUUGUCUUUGCCAGAACCUCCCCGCAGCAGAAGCUGAUCAUUGUGGAAGGCUGCCAGAGACAGGGAGCCAUCGUGGCCGUGACAGGGGAUGGUGUAAACGACUCUCCUGCUCUGAAGAAAGCCGACAUCGGUGUUGCCAUGGGGAUCGCUGGGUCUGACGUCUCCAAGCAGGCGGCUGACAUGAUCCUGCUGGACGACAACUUUGCCUCCAUUGUUACAGGAGUGGAAGAAGGUCGUCUGAUCUUUGACAACUUGAAGAAAUCCAUUGCCUACACCCUGACCAGUAACAUCCCUGAGAUCUCACCCUUCCUCCUCUUCAUCAUCGCCAACAUCCCUCUGCCUCUGGGAACCGUCACCAUCCUCUGUAUCGAUCUGGGAACUGACAUGGUUCCUGCCAUCUCCUUAGCUUAUGAAGCUGCUGAGAGCGACAUCAUGAAGAGACAGCCUAGGAACCCAAAAACCGACAAGCUGGUGAACGAGAGGCUUAUUAGCAUGGCAUAUGGACAAAUUGGCAUGAUGCAGGCCACAGCUGGGUUCUUCACAUACUUUGUGAUCUUGGCUGAAAAUGGCUUCCUCCCCAUGGACCUUUUGGGAAUCAGAGUCUUAUGGGACGACAAAUAUGUAAAUGACCUGGAAGACAGCUACGGACAGCAGUGGACAUACGAGAGAAGAAAGAUCAUCGAGUUCACCUGCCACACAGCUUUUUUCUCCAGUAUUGUAAUAGUCCAGUGGGCCGAUCUGAUUAUCUGCAAGACCAGGAGGAACUCUAUUGUGCAGCAAGGAAUGAAGAACCGCAUCCUAAUAUUUGGACUCUUUGAGGAGACAGCUCUUGCUGCUUUCCUGUCAUACUGUCCAGGCAUGGAUGUCGCCCUCAGAAUGUACCCUCUCAAGCCUGCUUGGUGGUUCUGUGCCUUCCCAUACUCCCUACUCAUCUUCCUCUAUGAUGAAGCCAGAAGGUAUAUCCUUAGACGCAACCCAGGAGGUUGGGUGGAGUUGGAGACAUACUACUGAGUCAGCCCAGAAGAAGGAAGUGCAUUUCAUUGUUAUUUGCUGCCAUGUUACAUAUUUGUUUGAAAUGCCAAAGCCAGAAAACACAAAAGAAAAGCAAGCAUGGAUAAAUUAAGUGCAUCUUAAUUUAUUUGUCAUUCACAAUAAAAUGUGUCCACAACGUUGUACCCUG